GAUAGCAUUAAUGGCAUUUAAUUUUACGAAACUCUUACGAAACGGAUAUAUGCCUGGUGUAUUAUUAUUUUAGAAGUAGUAAAUAUUGAUAAUUAUUUUUAAGCGUAAGAUUUUAAGGUCGAAAGUCGCAUAUUUUCAUAUAAAACAGAUGAAGUACCUUAUUUUCCUAGGGCUCUGUGCUCUUGCAUAUGCAACUAAUGCACCCAUUCACGAGUUGACGCAAGAGUCAGCCGACACGAAGCUCAGCCAUGACAAAGGAAACCUCGCGACCCAGCCCACGACGCACCAACAGUUUGACCAUUUGAAUACAACACACAAUUUAAGGAAACAUUAUGGUUUGAGCCACUAUAAAUGUCAAGACAAGGUAAAAACCUUUAAAUGUUUGGCGGCCUGUAAGAGUCAUGGAUAUCAGAUAUUCAGAAUAAGUACCAAAUGUGAGUGCUCAUGUUUUGACCUCAGAAGGCCUGAUGUACUGCCAUUUUUCAAAUGGAGAACUACAACUGAUGUUACAAAAUCAUUCCCUAAAACUCAUAGUGUGUCAUUGUACCACAUCAUAGGAACGCUUUCACCAUUUACUGAGGAAGAAGAAGAAAGUACAACAAUGAACACAACAAUAUUCACUUGUCCUACUUUGCCUGCUGCCGCAGGCUCUUCUGAAACAACGGACGGUGAUGGCAAUACUACAAUGACCGAUGACACUACAGAUAAUAAUGCAACUACCGACGCCGGAAGCACUAAUAGUGGAAAUGAUACCACUGACGACAAAACUAAUGCUGUAACUGAAGACGGAUCUACAACCGAAAGUAAACCACCCGAAGAAAAAAAGGAUGGUGAAGAAAAAAAUACCGAAGAUCCAAAACCCGAUGGUGGAGACGCAAAUCCAGAAGAAGAAAAUAAAGAAGAUGAAGAGGCAAAACCAGAAGAGGGCAGAAGAAGAGCUAGGAAGAAGAGGACAAAUACAAUUGAUUUAUUGUACACUUUACCUGUUCAGAAAUAAAGUGUGCUAAUAGUAA